AUGUUCCAGAGGGUAGGACUCUGUGGGACAGUAGUGCAGGAGGCGGGGCCUGUCCUGAGGGGCGUGGCCUCGCAGAAAGGGGCGGGCCAUGGAUGGCCAAUCACAGUGCUGCGUCUUCUCUCCUGGGUCUUUGCUCUCGUGGUUGUUGCUUCCAUCUCUAACGAAGGUUUCAUCAAUCGUCCUGAUUCGCCGCAGGAGUUCUGCAUAUUUAAUGAAGACCCCGCCCCUUGUCGCUUGGGGGAGUGGGCGGGGUCUCUGGCUUUGAUAUUUAGCUCCGCCUACAUUUGCCUGGACCUACUCCUUCCCCGGGUAUCUUCUGUGAAGGAGAAGAGGAGGCUUGUGCUGUCGGACAUCCUGCUGUCAGGUCUCUGGUCGCUCCUCUGGUUCGCCUCCUUCUGCGUCCUGGCUCAUCAGUGGCAGUUGACGUCUGUUGAGGACCUACCUUUGAACGAAGGAGCGAACGCAGCACGAGCGGCCAUUUUGUUCUGCUUCUUCUCCAUCUUCAGCUGGGGGGGUCUGGUGCUUUUGUCUCUGGAGAAAAUGAAACGAGUUUCAUUUGAGGAAGAAUACAACAAACUGUUUACGCCCCAGACCUGA